CUUCCGAUAGGAAACCGCUAUCUGCCAGAAAAAAAGCCUCCCGUGUGGAAAAAUCCGCUACACGGACAUAUGUUUGCUGAAACUCCUGCUGUUUGAUAGUCGUUCAUUUGUAACUAGCCUCCCCGGACACACACACAGAGAACAUGCCCGGACAGAGGUAACCGUACCCGGGCCGUCACUGCCCCCUCAGCCGGCUGAAGGACGGAGCAGAACGGAGAGACGCAGAUGGAGAGGCCGGGCAGGCUGCUGCUGCUGUCCGAGCUCCGCGUCAGAAACGCCGCAUACGACGUGAGCUUGAGCCGGUCCCUGCUCACCUGGAAGAGACGGAUCUCCAGCCCGGUGUACCACCCGUUUAGACCAAGUGUGUGUCACUGUGUGUCAGUGUCAGAGAUCAUCUCCGUCAGAGAGGAAGAGGAGGAGAGCAGCAGCAGAAAAAGAGAUGAUGGCAGCUGGAAAAAGAUCAAAGAGAGAGAAGGAAAGGACUGCAGGCAGGCCUUCACAGUGUUUUAUGUGGAGAGGUGCCAGCAGCACCGCUGGCGGUGUGCUGAGGUGACCUUCACGUGUCCAGAGGAGGCGCUCUGUCAACGCUGGGUCAGCAGCAUCAGAGAGCAGCUCGCCGCUAUCACCAGCAGACCCAAACACCUGCUUGUCUACAUCAACCCGUACGGCGGGAGGCGACAGGGCAAACGCAUCUACGAGCAUAAGGUCGCUCCACUGUUCGCCCAGGCAGGCGUCUCCACGCAUGUCAUCGUGACUGAGUACGCCAAUCAUGCAAGGGACCAUCUGAGGACGGAGGCGGAGCUGAAGAAGUUUGAUGGGGUGGUGUGUGUCGGAGGUGACGGCAUGUUCAGUGAGAUCAUCCAUGGGCUGAUCUGGAGGACACAGAUCGACACCGGCGUAGAUCCAAACUGUGUGGACGAAACUCUGCUUCCCUGCUCGCUUCGCAUUGGAAUCAUUCCUGCAGGUUCAACAGACUGUAUCUGCUUCGCCACUGUGGGCACCAACGACCCUGUGACCUCUGCACUGCACAUCAUUGUGGGAGACUCUCAGCCGAUGGACGUCUGCUCGGUUCAUCACAACAACACGUUCCUGAGAUACUCCGUCUCUCUGCUGGGAUACGGUUUCUACGGGGACGUGCUAACUGACAGUGAGAGGAAGAGAUGGAUGGGUCCGGCCAGAUACGACCUCUCAGGUGUGAAGAUGUUCCUGACUCAUCAUUACUAUGAAGGAGCAGUUUCCUACCUGCCGGCCAAAGGCAUCGUAGGAACGCCACGGGACGCUGCCAGGUGUCGAUCUGGCUGUUUGGUUUGUCAGCACAAUGGGCAGCUACUUUCAGAGAGAGCUGAGACAUACAAGAUGGAUGAAGCAUCAAACAGCGAGAGUGACGACGAGUGGAGGACAAUCCGAGGGAAGUUCCUGGCCAUUAAUGCUGCCAGUAUGAGCUGUGCUUGUCCUCGCAGCCCCAAAGGCCUCUCACCUGCUGCUCACCUGGCCGACGGCACCACAGACCUCAUCCUGGUCCGAAAAUGCUCCCGCUUUGACUUCCUCAGACACCUCCUUCGACACACCAGCAAAGAUGACCAGUUUGACCUGACCUUUGUGGAGGUCCACCGUGUGCGGCGUUUCCGCUUCACACCGCGUCACUGCCAGAGCGACUCGGACCUGGAGCUGGACCUGCGAGAGACCGGCAAACACCAGAUUUUCAGCCAGAUCUGCCGAGACCACCCGGCAUGCGGCUGUGCCCCCGCCUACAGCAGCUGGAACUGCGAUGGCGAGAUCCUGACUCACACGGCCAUUGAUGUCAGAGUGCACUGCCAGUUGAUCAAGCUGUUUGCACGAGGGAUCGAAGAACCAUUGGUGUUCGAGGAUCUCACCAACCCCUGUGCAAUAUAGACCCUCGCCCCCAUUGUUCCCUGUCAGACACUGGAGUGGGCUAUCUGUUUUCAGCCUCUGCCUAUGUUACUACUGCUGCCACCAUCUCAUGACACUCCUUCACAUUUUUCACAAGUAGACUCGACAGGAUUUACUGAAUCAGCAAUGAGUUACUCAACAAAGAUGAGCGGUAGCCUACAGAACGAAACAAAACAAAACUUGGGUCUGAAAGUCCAAAAUGAUUUCCAGACAAGAAGUGAGGUGUAGUUUCUUUGAAUCAUCCAUAACAGCUUUAAAUCUAUUCCUUGGUAACUUGCAGCUGUUUGUAGGAUAUAAUAAGGAAAUGAUUGACCUGGAGAGUAAGGCUUCAUCCUCAGGUUCUGGAUUAGUUCUGGGCGAAGCCGUUGGUGUUUCGAUGUGAACAUGGUUGGCGGGUGUCUGGCACCUGAUUUAAUUUAAAUAUUGAACUCGGGUCCUAAAACUAAGACCCGUCUUGUUUGAUAAGAUUUUUUCCCUAUAAUCCCCAGAUCAUGACUUGAUGAUCUGGUUACCUUGAGGUUACAAAUGCUGCCUGUUGCAUGUAAAUGCUCCGUAUUUGUAUAGCGCCUUUCUAGUCUUUUCGACCACUCCAAGCACUUUUACACUACAUCUCAUUCACCAUUCAUUCACUGAGCUCAACAGAAACAAGUGUUUUGCCAGUUGUGUCGAGUGUUUCCUCUCACCAGGGCCUCCACCUCGUAGCUCUUCAUCGUCCUCCUUGUAGUUCUGGGGGUUUUCUUCCUGCUAGCCAUUAUGCACCUUUGAGGAGAGAGACGAACAUCCUGCAGGUUUCUCUCUCUCUCUCCAGCUCUCUGUGUACAGCACUCCUUACUCCUCCUCCCCACCACCUGUUACAGAAAACAAAAUGUGUAAACAGAUAGCUGCUGUAAGUUGAAAAUGUCAAAGCAACAUGCCACUGCCUAUAGAAUGGCUAUUAGUCUGGUUUUAAUCUCAAGUUUGGUCUCUUUUUAAGUUGACUCAGACUUUUUUCAGGUCACAUUGGUGUUUAGACUUGGACGUGUCUUGAAUCUGAUUUGUCUCAGUCUUGUGAGCGUUUGUUUUGUCAUGACUCUGACCUGUCACAGUUUAGUCGGUGUUGUAGGUGCCUGCAUUUGGACUUGAAUCGGGUCUUGUGGGUGUUGUGACUCGGAUUUGUUUCAGUGUCAGCCACCUGUCGCACCUGUUACAGACUUUUGUUUUGACCAAGUCUAGAGGCUUUCUUUAGUAGACUGGCUGCUUUCAGUCAACGGUUAUGGGUGUUGACCCCAUUUGGACUCAGCUUUGACUCCUCCUCCCUACCAUUGACCCAUUUUAGUCUUUUUGGGGGGUGGGGGUUCCUCUAGUGGUGGUUGUAAAGCUUCAUGAGGCUGUGAUUAUCCUAGAGGUCACAGUAGAUUAUUUUAUACAACAAAAAUGGUUGUAGCUAAAUGAAGUGGCUGCUAUCAGCACUGUUACGUCCCAGCUCACUAGGGGUAAGGGACGUACGCAUAAAGCAGGUGUUUUUGGUAAGGUGGAAAAGCUAUUUAUUCACAAGAGGGUUUAGUACAAGGUUUAACAACAAAAGUUGGGUACGUGGGUGCUGCGAAAACAUGAAUACAAGAUAACAAAAAGAGAUCCCUCCAGGGAUCAAUCAACAGGGAUUACUACCUUAUUCAAAACCAAAUCCCAGUUUAUGCAUUUCCAAUACUGUUUACCAUCCUACAGACAUCAUGCAUAAAUAUUCAAAAAACAUUUUUAGAACAGGCGAAAAUAACUUUUUAUACUGUUUUGCAAAAAACUGCAUUAGUAUAAAGAGGGCAUGUCUGUAAAGGGAAGAGAAGGAGAUACCCAUAGAACUCAUUUCCAUUCACGUAGGCGUCCUAGUGGAGUAUAAGAGGUUACUUGGCCGGUUGACGAAUGUCUAUAUCCCCUUUUGUAUUUAUAUUAUUUUUCCACAUUCUCUACUGUGCUGGAGGACUCAAGUCCCAUCUGUUACCUCGUUUCCGUCUUGGUGAGUGUUUCAUUACAGCCAUUUCUCAGUCUUGUGGGUGUUUUGAGUCUGACUUGUUUUGUUCUUGGCCUAAUGUUACUGCGGUCUUGACGUGACCCCUAUUUGGACUUGAAACUGCUUUGAAAUGCUCUGACUAAUGUCUAUAUGAAUUUUCUUUGUAAAGAAAUAAUCUAAACAUUAGUCAGACUACUGCUGUAGUCUCGGUUCGAGGCCGGUCACAAGAUGUUUUUUCUGAUAUCUCUGACUUGUCUUUGCUUUAUGGAUGUUUUGACUAGGACUUGUCUCGACUGCAGCCCAUAUGAACAGAACAGAGUUUUCCUACUCACUUGGCAUAAAAAUGGAUUAGACGUUGUUGUUGGGUUGUUUUUAAUUACUUAAAAUACUCUAGAUGUUCCUAGAUUUGGAAUUAUCUGUUACAUGUUUUAAGGAUGCCAGACACCUGCCAGGCAUUGGUAGGGUCAUGUGAUCAUUAGAGGUCAGGGGUUGAUUCACAUUUAUGAAAAGUAGAAAGUAAAUCCCCUUCACAUGAUUGGUACUUGCUGACUGGAGAUUUAUUUUCCCCUGUUCUUUCACAGUCACCGUCUCUGUUCUGAAGCCGUGUGAGGAUUACUUUCUGAUUCUCAAACAGGUCAGUUAGAGUUGUCUCCAGUCCUCCGUGUUCCCGUCGUCUCCAGGAAGACCAGAGCUCAGUUCUAACUAUGAAAUUGUAUUUUUACAUAUUUUAAUUCCCAGCUAUUUAGGAAAAAAAGUCGAAUCUCAAAUUGCAAUUUUUGUCAAGAAAAUGUGUCAGUCAAGCUGGUCGUGGCUGAGCAGCACACACGAUUGUUUUGUUUUUAAUCUUCCAUUUCUGCUCAAUAUGCAAAUGAACUCAGAGCAAAUGCAGCAAAUCACCCGAAGAAGUAGCGCUUUAACACAAUGUUUCACACAAACUGUGCAGAUAUUCUGUCUUCAAAAAUUAGCUUAAGUUUGUAGCUGGAACUUCAAUUUACUCGCAGUGUGACGUGAUGUGUUGAACUGUGUGGUUAAUUUUGUUUUGUGAAACCUCAGGAUAAUCAUUUGAACCUUCCACCCAUCAAAUAAGAUUCACAUACAAGAAAAGGUCAAAAGAACACUAAAGCAGUGGUUCCCAACGUGGAGCCGCAAAAAUAAUCUGAGGAAAAUAACGUGUUUCUGCUACACAAACUUAUGUUUCAAUGAGAAUUCCCAGCAGCCUCAGCUCUAACAUGCUACCACACUAAACUAAGACGGUGAAUAUCUAGGGGAUAAACAUUUGCUUGUUAGCAUUUAGCUCAAAGCUAAAUGGGUCAUAAGUAGAUGUAGCCUUGUUUGUCACUGCAGUGAAGUGUAUUGACAGGGUACUCCAAGUACUUUUGGUGAUGUAGUUUCCAAAAAAACCUGUCUGUGUAUAAAUUAAUCCAUCGCAAUGUGAAAAAUGCUUGUUUCACUUGUUAGAUACAAAACCCUGUUAGGAUUUUCUUUUGUAUGAGUGGAAGGUUCAUAUUGAUUUUGAAGUUUGUUUUAAUUCUGGUUUUGUUGAAGGAAGCUUCAUUGUAAAGUCCAGUGUUGAUAUUCAGCCAUCUGCUCACUGUGUCCACAGGGUUAAUUCUUUUUACUAAAUACAAUCUACAUGUAGCAGCAUUGUCUGUAAUGUUUACUAAUAUUAUUCAAAGUGAAGUUUCAUUUUCUUCAAUAUACGUCAGGAUGGUGAAGUCAGUCUGUCCAACAAUUGGGUCCACACAUCUUUUCAGAUCAUCAUAACGUCCCGAUCUCAUUCCUGUUUUCAAGAGAAUGAACCAUUAAGAUUUUAAUGACUCCAUCAGCUUUCCUCCAGCACCACCCUCAGGACAAACUGUUAAUAUCUAAAUCAUAAGGAUAUUAUGUUUGCAGAUAUUGCAGCUUCUAGGGGACAAUGUCAUACAAAAUAUACAUUUUAAUAGAUUAGAAAUAAUAUGAUUGUUUCCAUUUAAUCCAUCUAGCACUCUGCCUGUGUUCGGAAAAAUAAUUUAAAGUUGACUCUAAGAUGAACCGGACAGGAAGUAGAGUAUCAGCACUGGACUGUCGGGCUGCAGAUGCUGUUUGGUUUUUUUGUCUGUUUGUUUGUUGACCAGCAGUCCUGUUUCCUCUCUGCUGAUGUAGAGCUGGACUCAAACUCACAGAGGGAACCAGUAGCAGCUCACUGUGCUCCAAACACCAAUCAGUCAGCUUCCAGCUUUCUCCUGAUCCUAAUUUGACCAAAUACCAGCAAUCUGUGUCUGCUACAGUUGUAGCUCAGCCUUGGGUUCUUCACAGGUCCAAAAUCUUGGACCCGGUCAAAAAAGUACUUAUCUACAGAAAACCUAUAGACCUGUAUGUGAUGGACCUGACCAGGAGAGAGAACACCAACACUGACAAUAAUGCGAACCCGGCCCAAGUUGGGUCUUAGGAACCGAGUGGACCUGUGAAGACCUAUAGUUCAGCCGUCUGUCUCAUGUUGAUUGAUAAUGUUAUACUGAUGUACAAUCAGAGUCUGAAUGUUUGCUGUGAAACCCCCAAACAAAAACAAACCAAAAGAGUUAAACAUGCAUACAGAGGUCGACUGAACAGAAGUGAAAUAAGCUGUAAUUAUGAACUAAAUGCGUUUGUGCUUAUACACCAUAUAUUUAGUGCUCGGCUAAACUAAAAACUGGAAGUCAUUUGCAUGUUUUUGGGAAGUAGUCGAUGCUAAAAUCUUGGUGACAUAGUAAAUAACUGGCAAGGUACUGUAGCUGGUGAGCAAAAUACUAAUAGCCCACCUAGCUAGCGCAAUUUCUGACAAGCAGUAGUUAAACAGUCCCGCCAGAAUAGCUAGUUGCCAAGCUAGCUGGUUUGCUACUAGCUAAUGUCGCGUUCAAACAUCGUAAAAACCAAAAGGGCGUGGCCACACCAGAAAGUGACAGCAAAAUUCAUCUGCGCAUCUUCAGUUGGUGCUACAAGCUUGGUGAUAAAAACAACGUUUUAUUCUUCAAAUUCUGCAGACAUGCUUUCUAGCAAGCUAGCCAUGUAGCUAACAGAACAGUAAUGCACAGUAAAUGAAGGGAACCUAUUUGCACUGCUGGGUGACUGCAGACAAUGCUGCAUCUCUUUGUGGAGCAGUUUAUACUCGAGCAGGGUUAUAUAAAACUAAAUAGUGCCACAAAGCUGAUACGAUAGCCUCCUCAAAUUUAUACUCCCCAGCUUUCCAUUCCCUCAAAUACUAAGAUGUAUUAUGGCCAUUGUAGGUUGAAAAGCAAUAACAGAAUUUGAAGAAGGCGGUAAUAUUCAGAGAAAAAAACUCAGAAUAUCGGAUUAUAAAUGUACAAGGAAAAAAACGUAUAUACUUAAAUACAGGACAAGACACAGUACAGACAUAUGAGAAGAGGUGGAGAUUCCAGAUAGGCGGAGAAAGUAUAUGUCACACGUCACUUAUAAAUGUCUGUAGUUCUUUCUCAAUUUUUUAUGCUUUAGGUCUUUGAACAAAAGGAAGUAUCUCAUAACACUGGUUGGUGAAAGUAGCUUAUUCGUGAUGGCUGUUAUUAACAUCUGAAUACCUUGAGUACAGAGCCUUUAAUAAUUAUUAUUUUCUGAGCUUUUUUUUCUCAUAAAUUUGUGGCUUUAUUAUCCCAGAGAAUAUUCAAGUUUUUUUUCUCAUAAAUUUUUUUUGUUUUUUUCUUGUAAAUUUACAGACUUUAAUUUCUGAGUUUUUCUCAGAAUUUUACCCCCAGCUCUGUUAUUUAUGUAUUUGACCUACAAUGGCCCUAAUAGCCAGUUUGAAGUCUACGCAAUGGCUUCUGACUAAUUUGUUUCACUCUCAGUAGUGAAUCCACUGAUUGCAGAGAUCAGACAAUGAAAUCAACAGAUUUUGUCAUGAAAUUUUGCUGAUAAAUAUGCUGUUGUGACCGGGACCUUUAAGCAGAGUGAAACAAGUGUUGUGUUAGGUAUAUCGCUAACAGCAUGUAGAACGUGUAGAAUGAAGGAUUAGCACUGCAAAUAAUGAUUAUUUUUACUAUUGAUUAAUCUUAAUUAUCUUUGUGGUUGAUUAUUUCCAAAAAAUGUCAAUAAAGUCAAAUGUCCAGCUUUAGUUCUCAAAGUGAAAAUGUCAAACUUUUACAGAAGAAGCUCUGCGAAGUUAGUUUCUCUUAAUUUAAACCUCUAUUUUUAUUUUCAACACUGCAGUUUAAUCUGACACUAAAAACUAGUUUAAUCUAGUCAAUCAGUCGACCUCUAGCUGUAUCUGAGCUGUAACUGAUCUUUACUUUCUGCUGUAGCGGUUUCAUUAUCAGGAAUUAAAAACAUAUUCAACUA